UUGGAGCUGAUUUGUGCUGGACCACAUGAGCGUCUGGCAGACGGCCAUUAAGGCCGGGUCAGGAUUAUAUUCGCGCCUCCCCAUCUGCCACUGGUCACAGUUUUGAGUUUCGUUGGUUUCUCUUGCCAAAGAAAAAAACGAGGGGACCGACUAGUUGUAUCAUUCGCCGUUGUGCUGCGUCCAGCAAAAGACGUUGGUUUUCUCUUAUCCUGCUCCCGCGCGAAAUUGUUCAGUUUUGUCAGUGUCAGAUUAUUUAACUCCCAUUCUGUGCCAUGGACUUGUUUGUCCCUCUCCUGUAGAAAGAGUACCUCCCCUUUUUGCCAGUCUGUGGCCGUGUUUAGUGUCAGUGGAAAAUGGGCAACAACAACGGCAAAGAGUCAGGCGAUGCAGCGCCUUCCCCUUCUAAACGACGUGCCCGGCCGAGUUGUCCCGGCGUGCCGGUCGUCAUUCCUCGACAGGGUGGCGACGCCUUCCAGCAGCUGGCCUAUAGUAACAAACCGGACGAUGCAGUCAUUCUCCAAUGGGCUGCACCCUACACUGAUGGCGGGACGCCCGUCAAUGGAUACGCUGUCGAGAGGAAAGCUGGAGAGAACGGUCAAUGGGUACGAGCGCAUCCGCUGGAUGUCCGCGAAACAGAAGUGGCGUUGACGGGUCUGCAGCCUGGACAGGAUUAUCGCUUCCGCGUCAAAGCGUCCAACGCGAUUGGAUGUUCGGAGCCGGGCAGUGAGUCGGAAUCGUAUCUCGUUCCGUACGAUCCCAGCAACGUCGUUCGGCCUUCAUUUACCGUUGGAUUAAGGGAUGCCAUCGUUAUGGAACACGAGAAGGUCGAAUUUGUGGUGGAAGUUCAAGGGAUUCCACCGCCCGAGGUCCAGUGGAUCGUCAAUGGAUCCACCGAUUCCAAAGUGAUCGUGACGGAUCGCGAUCCGGACUCGGGUGUGUCUACCUUGAUCGUCAAUGACGUCUUGGCUGGCGAUGAAGGCGAGGUGAAGUGCAUUGCCACCAACGAAGCCGGCCAGUCCACUUCGAUCGCAAUUUUGUCUGUGGAAGCUCCACCUAGGGCCGUCUUGACGAAGAAAUAUGAAGACGGACUUAUUUUCGAAGAAGGGGACAUCAUUCGGUUGAAGGUGGAAUUUACAGGUCGUCCCCGGCCCGAAAUCACGUGGUACCAUGAGAACAAACGUCUCGCACCCGACGGGCGUAUGGAAAUUGAAAUCAUGGCCGAUUGUACCAUCCUGAAAGUUGCCCAGGCUAAACGUUCUGAUCGUGGCGAAUAUUCCGUCAAAUUGCAGAGCGGAUUAGGCGAGGAUAGCGCAUCAUUCCUUGUCACAGUGGCCAAUCGACCUUCGGUACCUGGGAAACCGCAACCCACGGAUGUUUUGGAAUCAGUCGUCUCUUUACAGUGGGAUCCAUCCGAAGAUGACGGAGGCUGCGAAAUAAGCUGUUACAUCGUUGAAUACAAUCGGCUGGGCUGGGACAUGUGGCUAAAAGCGGCAACGUCGCGUACGCCUCAAAUCCGUUUAGGAGAUUUGAUUCCCGGGUCAACUUACCUUUUCCGCAUUAAGGCGGAAAAUCCUUACGGAGUCAGUGAGCCCAGCGCCCAGAGCGAUUUGAUUCGUCUGCCUGCCCGAAGCAACGAGACAUCAUGGGUCCCGGAUAUGACGUCAUCUGAGCUUGUCGAUCCGGAUGAUACAACCAUUUCCAGUUCUAAUUUAGGUCCGCGCGACAGCGACCAGCAGGUCACUCGGUCUGGCGAUUUCGAUUACUUGCCUCUAGACGCGUCCGAGUUGGAACUGGGUCGGUUAACUAAUCCGUCAAUCCUGGGAGCUCCUCCGGCUUUCGAAGUUAUGGGUGGGGUGGCGUUGAUGUCGGAACCACCUGACCGACCUGGACAAGUCGAAUUGGAUCCUCGUUACGCAUUCAGUGCGUCAGCUGUCCUGGAGAAAAUGGUUGCACCAGUCACCGUGUCGUCUCUGCCGGGAUUCACGUCCAAUGACGUGCUGUCUGGCAUUGGUUCCAGCUCUUCGAGAAAUUCUUCGUCGCCGUCUGUGUCGCCAGAACGUCCCUCCCUGGAAGACGCUCUCUCUCUGGAUGAUGACAGCAGCCAGGGCAGCAGCCACGAUGUUGCUGUACAACAACUGGAAGUCGUGGAACAGCCUAUCCAGCAACGCGGAUUCCUCCUACCUCGUUCACCUGCUCGACUCUUUGUGCACAACGCUAUUGUCCAGUCAGCGCUGAGCAGUGUGGCUUCUUCAACAGCGCCACUAACAUUGCCCGAUGUUUUGGAACAAGUGGCGGUCGAUGAUGCCGUGGCAGACAGUCAGCCCAGCACUCUUGACCAAAUUGAACAAGAUCUUGAAGAUCAACUUCAAGUGUUGGACCAAAUCGAACUAGACAUUUGCGAGGGGAAGGCAGCCGUCCAAAAUGAGGUUGGCCAAAGUGAUAAAGAAAUGAGCUCGUCGGACCAAACCGAUCAAAUGCUGUUAGAGCAAGAGACAGUGAUGGAACAGAUAGAGCCAUCGGACCAAUUAACUUUGAUGGAGCAACACGUCGAGCCGUCGCACGACGUGAUGGAAUCGACUGUAGCGAAAGAGAUCGAGCCAGCCGUGGACGUGCCAACAAUUUUGCUCCAGGAAGAAGAGAUGCAUCACGACGUGCCCGUGCAAUCGCAUCUCGCCGCCAUCGACUCUGGCCUCUGCGAGCUAAUGGCUCACCGCGGCAGCGACGGCGAAGGCCAACACACCGACCAGUACAGCGACGCCUACAUCACGGCCGUGGACUCGAUGAGCAGUUGCGACUAUGGCGACUCGCCAGAGCCAGAUGGUUUAGUGCUGGACCGACAGCCGAAAGGUGAAUGCCCGUCUCCGCCCAUUAGUAGCAAGCCGAUCACGGAGAUGGACGCCGACGACGCUGCUAUCGGGACGGACGAACGGCCCAUCUUUUUGCGAUGCGUGACCGACCAGACGGUCAAAGUGGGAACGCGGGCGCGUUUCUUGGCCGAAAUCGUCAGCUCUUCAUCGCUGGCCGUCACGUGGUUCUUCAAUGGAUUACCAGUUUUUCAGCCGGCCGAAACGGCUCACGGCCGUUUCAAGAUCUUGCAGGAAGGCAAUUUUUAUUGCCUGGAAAUCUCGCCCGUCGCAAUGGAAGACGAAGGCGCCUGGACCUGUCGUGCCGUUUUGGCUGAAACGUUCGGCUCGCAAGAGGGCGUGUCUGCCACUGCCCAGCUGCGGGUGAUGGUGCCCAAAAGCUACAAACGGCCGGAGUUUGUGGAAGAUUUGCAGGCUAUUUUAACCGAAGAAGGGACCGUAUCGCUCGAGUGUAAAGUGGUCGGCAUCCCAACGCCCGUCCUUCACUGGUUUAAGGACGGCAAAGAAAUCAAGGCCGGCGAUGUGUUCGCCUUCCGUGCACCGCAGUCGGACUCUACAGCCGAAGAGACGGCCACUUCGCUGGGCCUGUACGCUUGCGAGGCAAUCAACUGCAUCGGCAAGGCCGUUUCGACGUCGCAGGUGCGCGUUAAGAACGCCGUCCAGCAGCCGACUCCGUCUCAGAGUCGAUGCGAAUCUGCUGGGCCGCCCGUCAUCAUCGAAGAGCCGUUCAAUCAGAAGAUCCGAGUCGGCGAAGAUGUCCGCUUCUCAGUGCGUGUGAUGGUACCUCCCAAGCCCGUCCAGGUCAAGUGGUUUAACAAAGACGUCCCCAAAGAGGCCAGCUCUAAAUACGUGGUGGGAGAAGAAGGCCACGGAGGCUACUCGCUGGACAUUUCGCCGACGGACAUCAACGACGACGGCGAGUGGAAAGUGGCCAUCAAGAACGAAGGGGUCGACGCUGAGUCUAGCGCCUCGGCCGUCUUGACGCUUGUCGUGCCCAAAACUACCGGCCGCCUCGCUUCCUCGAGAGCCUCAAGGCGAUUUUAA